AUGAAGACAUUUACUGUGCGCGUCUUUGGCGCCGCCGUCAUUGUCUUUUCAGGACGUUCCGAGGCCACCAAUUUCCUCAACCACAACCAGCUAGUUUCCGGCUUCGAAGACCCCAACUGGUUCCUGCAGAACAUCCCGUUCCUGGAUGUCCCCAGCCAGCAGAUCCAAGAUGUCUACUACUACCGCUGGCAGACUUACAAAGAGCACAUCACCUACACCAGCUCCCAGUACGGCUACUUGCUCACCGAGUUUCUGACCCCGACCAGCUAUGGCGCGCCGUACGGAGGUAUUGUAGCCGCCGCGGGCCACCACAUCAUCGAAGGACGAUGGAUCCGAGACCAAAAGUACGGCAGGGACGAGGUCAAUUACUGGCUGGCUGGCCCUGGGCAGUUUGCCAAGCCGCAAACCGACAACUACAACCUGGACACCUCUGACUGGGCACACGAAUACAGCUUUUGGGCAGCCACGGCCGUGUGGCGCCAGUAUCUCGUAACUGGCGACGCUGACUUUGCCAUCAGCCAGCUGGACAAUCUUGUCACGCAAUAUCGAGGCUGGGACAACCAUUUCAACUCGGACCUCGGGCUCUACUGGCAGGUUCCGGUCUGGGAUGCCACCGAAUGCACGGCCGCCUCCUACCAGACGAGCGAUCCCUACCACGGCGGUGCUGGAUAUCGACCGACUAUCAACGGAUAUCAGUAUGGAGAUGCCCGGGCGAUUGCGUCCUUGGCCACCCUCAAGGGAGAUUCAGCCUUGGCUUCCGAGUACACGGGCCGGGCCAACGCGCUCCAGACUGCAAUGCAGACUCAUCUUUGGGACAGCGGGCGGCAGUUCUUUAUGCACAUGCAGCGAGACAACAACUCGGCUCAGCAGCUGCUCACCACUCGCGAAUACAUGGGCUUCAUCCCGUGGAUGUUUGACAUGCCGCAGUCGGCCAACAUUGCUGCCUUUUCCCAGCUCAAGGACUCGCAAGGCUUUGCGGCCACCUACGGCCCCACCACUGCCGAACGGCGAAGCCCGUAUUACAUGGACAUGAAUGCAAGCUGCCUCCAGUGGGAUGGCCCGUCGUGGCCGUACGCCACCUCGCAGAUCCUAACCGCCGUGGAAUACGUCCUCAACGACUAUCCGGCGCAGUCCUACAUUACGGGCACUGAUUACUACAACCUCCUUUCCGGCUACGCAGCCACGCAGUACAGGAACGGGGUGCCGUAUGUCGCUGAAGCUCACAACCCCGACUCCAACUCGUGGAUGUACGACACCUACAACCACAGCGAAGACUACAACCAUUCCACCUACAUCGACAACGUCAUUGCCGGACUGCUUGGUCUACGCGGCCAGUCCAACAGUACGCUGACAGUCAACCCCCUCAUCCCAUCCUCGUGGGACUACUUUAUGCUGGAGAAUGUCGCAUACCACGGCCACAACGUGACAGUCCUAUGGGACAAGACUGGCCAGCACUACAACCAGGGCUCGGGUCUGCGGGUCUUUGUGGACGACGCCCUCGCGGCCAAUCGUGAUACGGUAGGGCUGCUCACCGUCAACAUUGGCAGCACAGUUGCCCAGACCUUUGACUCCCAGGUCAACAUCGCGGCCAACAGCCAAAAGUUCUCGCAGUACGCCACGCCAUUCGCGUCCUACACCUCGCCAUACGACGAUGUCUGGAGGGCCGUCGACGGCAUUGUCUUCCGUACCGCCGUUCCGCAAAACACCCGCUGGACUUCGUACAACAGCCCCAACGCCCAGGACUACUUUGGCGUGGAUCUCCGACAGCCGCAGGCGGUUUCCAACGUCAAGCUCUUCUUCUACACCGACGGCGGCGGCGUCAAACUGCCCUCGAGCUACGACCUCCAGUACCUGUCCGGCAGCACCUGGGUCACCGUCCCCGGCCAGCAACGCAGCACAUCUUCCACCACGUCGAAUUCGCCGACGACAAUCACCUUUCCCACAAUCACCACCUCACAGCUGCGAGUCGUGGCCCCCAACGCCGGUGGUGGAACGGGCUGGGGUCUCUCCGAGUUUGAAGUGUGGGCUCCGGCCAUCUUCAAGAUCCAGAACAAGAACAGCGGCAAGCUCAUGGGCGUUCAGAACGCGUCGACGGCCAACAGCGCAAACAUCCAGCAGUACGACGACAACGGCACUCGCGAUCAUCUGUGGCAGCUGAUCAAGGCGCCUGGUGGCUGGUACAAGAUCAAGAACCUCAACAGCGGGCUCUUGCUGGCUGUCCAGGGGGCAUCGACGGCCAACAGCGCGCAGCUGCAGCAGUACCAGGACAAUGGGACCGACGACCAUCUCUGGAGGGUAAAGUCGGAUCCGAAUGGGUAUUUCAUGAUUCAGAACAAGAAUAGCGGGCUGUUGGCUGGGGUGGACGGCGAGUCGACGGCGAAUAGCGCCAAUGUUGUCCAGUUCCAGGACAAUGGGACGCCGGACCAUUUGUGGAGCUUUCUUUCAUCUGUUCCUGCCAGCUGA